UGUUGUUUCAUAGCAGCAGAUAUUAAAAAACUGUACUGUUAAAUAAAAGAACCUUUGCUGGUGCGCACCGCUCGGGUAACUUCUGCCAACAUUACGCAGAUACCCGCUAUACCAUGGAUUCGACGUCCGAUGACUCUACUGCAGCAAGUAGUGCGUGUAUAAGUUUUCUGGAUCUUCCCGACUGUAUGAUAGAGCAUGUGCUGGAGAAUUUAACAUACGACGAGAUAGCGAAAAAGCGCAUCGUUUGUCGAAAAAUCGAUCGCAUUUGCCAAUCGCUGCUCAACAGAGGCUUUAUCAAGAUGAUUCGAAAACACAAUAUGAAUCUGAAAGCGAUCAAAUCUCAGCUGCCACGGCGUGAAUCGGAACGACGGAACCAUCCGCUAUCGAAGCAUUCCGACAUCCUGACGUGCAUCGAAACACGCAUCUCCAUGCUGUCCAUGACGUACUCGAAGUUUAUCGAGAAGGAGCUGUGCUGUUUCAUACCGGGCAAGGUGAUCGACGAAGUGCUGAACAUACUGGGGCUAAUCGAGAACACGUCGCGGCCUCUUCGGGCGCAUGAGGUGCUCCAGGAGCUGCGCGACAUUUCCUCCAUGGCGAUCGAACACUUCGACGAAAACAUUGCGCAUCGGUUGAAGAAGAUCAUCGGCGUACAGCAUCAUCCCAAACUGGGUAGCCACCACAAUUUACCGUUUCCAGCGGCUAGUUUCAUACAGCACGAAGUUAUGUUGCCAUGCGAUGUAAAUGGGGAAAAGUUUAUAAUACCAACGCUAACGCCCAUCUCCCAGCAAACCCAGAAGGUGCUCCCGACAUCAUCGUCAUCCUCAUCCGCUUCCUCUGGAACACUCGGUGGAUUGUACUGCCAGAGCUCGUACAAUGGAAGCUGCGAGAACAACACUACGAUCGCGCGGAUAAAUAACAAGACGCGCAAAAUGCGUUUCGACAUUAAUCGGAUCGAUCAUACCUUGUCUUCGUUCAAGGCUGAAAUGCGCAGCAUGCGCCUGAUGCUGGUGCGCCGCGGUGCCGAGAUAAAGGAGCUGCGUCGUCGGUUGGAAGAAUCCGAAACAAAAAAUUUGGAACUGCUGGCUAACAUAAAUCAGCUCGGGUUUGGUGCACCAUCGGUUGGGGCAGAACCGACGGGUGCAUCGAGUACGGCCACAUCGAUCAAACAAUGUAGCAUUAAACCUCGCACGUGCUCCGGUAUGCUGAAGCGGUUGUAUACGGAUACAGAAUCUCAAUCCUCCAGUUCCACUGUUGUGCCACCAUCUUCGGAAGCAACCGAAACGGAUAUGGAAGGCCAGGAACAGGAAACGUUGGGUGGAUCUUGUUCUGCCAAGAGAGUUAAGCUUAGCGAUUAGGUAACUGUGUCACUCGAUGUAUCGAAAUUUCCCUUGCGAACUUAAGUUACCGUAUUCUCGCCGCAGAUGGCAACUGCUGUUUCGGAUCGAUAUCACCGGGAGCAAGGAUUACGAUUACGUUCAUGAAAUAAGUCAAGUAAACCGGAAAUGGUAGACAUGAUCUAAUAGGUCGUUACACCGAGAAGAAGAAUACAACGGCGAGUUCGUGCAGAAUAUACAAGCAAAGUUCGAGAGAAACAGUAACGCCUGCUUGUUCCAAAUUUUGUUCGUAUGGUCAGCAAUUACAGCGGUCCCUUUUUUCAUCUCGCAUUCUUACUAACUCAUCUACUAUCGCUUUUCCUACCAUCCAUCGUACGGUACGAUGAAAAGAUUCCACGAAAUCCACUAUUCCUUGAAAAUAUUGUGCGCAGUGUAGGCGGUGGGCAUGUAGGGUGUGGCAACAUGUAUACUAACUCUAGCUGGUAAGGAACCGUUCCGAUAGACCCACCCUUCGCAGCUCACCAUGAAUGUAUUGGUUGAAAUCAUGCACCUCUACCUACAUACCUCGUAGAGAAAGUUCGAAUAGUACCGCCAUUAGCUACGGUAGUACAUUAGCGUUGGCAUUGCGAAUACAAUACUGUGUAGGUUUAGUAUUUAAAUGCUGUCGUUUUACGUACGAUUUGUUUUUCGUAGAUAAUAAUAAAAUCACGCAUACUAUAUACAGUUAGUAGCCGAGAUACGCGAAUAAUGCGUUCCAGAGAACUCCGAGUAUUUCGAAUUUCUUUAAAACAUCAUGUAUUUCUCGUACUAAGGAAACGAAUUCUUAUUUCCACGCUACGAAGCACAUUCAAAACGGAUGUUUCUUCGAUGAUUUCGAGUAAUACUGUAAAUUUUUUAUGAUAACAAAAUGUAACGAGUUUUUGAGAAUCUUUAAAAUUUGCAUACUGGAAAUUGAAUUUCACGUACAACAAUACACUAAUUAUCAAAUUAAUAUGAUCCGUUUAAUUCGGGUAAAUGCUGUACACGAAUUUAAAUCAAUCGCUUUGCGUAUCGUUUUGGUGUACAUAUA